GUCGCGCGUGGAGAUAGGAAAAAAAACCAUGACUCUUCACUUCCUCCGCUGAAAUAAAACGCUGGGCCCGACCGAAUCUUUCAUCAAGCCAUGACUGGCAGCUGAGGAGCCUCCAAUCGCAAGAGCGCGAACGGUCGUGCCAGCCACUAGCAGAGAGAGGCGAAGGCGGGCUUUCUAGAAGCUGCAGGAAGAAGCUGUUCGGGAGAGUGAGGAGCUGUUUCGUGAGAAAAGGGUUUUUAUUCAGGCUCCAUCAUGUCUAUUAUGUCUUAUAAUGGGGGGGCCGUCAUGGCAAUGAAGGGGAAAAACUGUGUGGCCAUCGCUGCUGACCGAAGGUUUGGCAUUCAGGCUCAGAUGGUGACUACAGACUUUCAGAAAAUUUUCCCAAUGGGAGACAGAUUAUUCAUUGGUUUGGCUGGACUUGCCACUGAUGUACAGACAGUUGCCCAAAGACUCAAGUUCCGGUUGAAUCUCUAUGAACUGAAAGAAGGCAGGCAAAUCAAACCCCAGACUCUGAUGAGUAUGGUGUCCAACCUUCUGUAUGAAAGACGGUUUGGACCUUACUAUACAGAACCAGUGAUAGCUGGGCUGGACCCAGUCACAUAUGAACCCUUCAUUUGCUCUUUAGACUUGAUUGGCUGUCCAAUGACGACAGAUGACUUUGUGGUCAGUGGGACCUGCGCAGAGCAGAUGUAUGGCAUGUGCGAGUCCCUGUGGGAGCCAGACAUGGAACCAGAUCACCUCUUUGAAACCAUAGGCCAAGCUAUGCUCAAUGCAGUGGACAGAGAUGCAGUGUCUGGCAUGGGUGUGAUAGUCCAUGUAAUUGAGAAAGACAAGAUAACUACCCGGACACUGAAAGCUCGCAUGGAUUAAGGGGGUGAUUGUUUUGGGAUACUCCGCAUUUUGCUUUACAUGGUCUUGAUACUUUACAGUCAAAGAUCCCUGUUUAUAAAUAGGGAAACAAGGUGUAUUGUUAGAACAAAAACAAUGCUUGGAAUUCCUCUUGUUAAAUUGUAUAAUUUUAGUCUAAUCCCCAUUGAAAUGGGGAAAAAUAAGAUGUAUUGUUGGAAUAAAAUUUUCAUUAACAAUUCUA